AUGGCGGAGCCGCGGGAGGAUCACCUCACCGCGGUCAAGCAUCUGCUCCGCUAUGUGGAAGGGACGCGCGAUUACGGGCUCGUCUACCCAAGGAGGAGCAGAGGAGAGCUGGAACUGAUUGGGUUCAACGACAGCAACAUGGCGGGCGACGUUGACGGACGAAGGAGCACGACUGCUGUGCUUUUCUUCCUUGGAGCGUGCCCGAUCUCUUGGCAAUCGAUGAAACAGAAGGUCGUUGCGCUGAGCACUUGCGAGACAGAGUACAUUGCGGCGGCGGUGGCAUGUUGCCAGGGAGUUUGGCUGGGGCGGCUGCUGGCAGAGCUCACCUGA